AUGCCCCUUAGGCAGAGGCCGUACAACUUGCUGCGACAGCUUCUGCGGCAGCAGGCUGCGUCCGGCCUGCAGAGCCACGGCUCUGCAGCGAUACGGCCGAGAGCUUUUGUCAGUGCCAGCUCGCUGUGCAAGCAGCAGGCAACGGGCGGCGAUGGCGGAAGGCCCAACGAAAUCACCUCCAUCUUCAAAGAUUUAUUUCCUGACGAGGCACGACGAGAUACGGGCGUGAGAAUCGAAGGGGCCGGAGAAGCAGGCGUGCGUCUGAACGACAACGGCGAUGGCGAUGGCGAUGAUGCUUUACAGUGGCUCCGGACGAUGAAAGACGGAGGUCUGCUGACGAUCGGGACUGACGGAGAUCCGGACGUCUUUCUCGGGACAGAUAGCGGGACAGAGAGGUCGGAGAGGUCUGAGCCGACGGUAUUGGUCCUGUCCGGAGCGACGGCCUCGCUGCUGCCGAGCGACUUUUUCCGCAUUGCGCCCAGAGCAGCACGGCGGAGCGACGAGCACGUGGAUGGCUGGGCUGCAGCCGGUGGCGGGCUCUACAAGAUUGUGCAGGACCGCGACCCGGCCACGCUGACGCCGCGCGGCCGCUAUUUCCUGUACUUUGGCGCGCCAGCCGCCGCGCUGGCCUAUGCCCAGGAGGUGCGCGACUUGCACGGGCUGGCGAGGCGGGCUGUGCAGGCGCCGCGGCAUCGCAACAUGGGGCGGUUCCGCGAGGCUGCCGGCAGCCUGGGAGAGACGCCGGGCGGCAGCAGCCAGGGCUGGGGCUGGGGCCGAGGUUGGGUCAGCGGCAGUGCCUGGGGCAGCGACUGGGAUCAAAGACGAGAGAGGCAUGCGAGCGAGGGCGGUGGCAGUGGCAGUUUCGGUUUGGCCGAGGAAGCUGCCGCGGCUCUGCGCUCGUUUUCCCUACUGCCGCCAAUGGCCAAGCUGGAUCUGGCGAUGCAUCUACCCGACAGAACGGCGGCAGUGGCGAGUGACGACGACGACGAGGCAGAAGCAGCCGCGGCCGACACCCAGACGCGCAUCCUGCUCGUGCUCGAGGACACCAGCGGCGGCGGCAGCGAUCACGGCAGUGACGGCGGGGUCACCUCGAUCGGUGGGCUGCGAGCACUGAUUGAGGCCGACGGCGAGGCGCGCAACCUUCCAUGGGCUGUAUCAGACGGGCUGAACGGCGUGGUGCCGACAGACCAGAUGGACGAGCAUGCCUCCUUCUCUCGUUUCGUGGUCACGCUGCCCGACGCCAUCGAAGCCCGUCGGUUUGUGCGCAGUUGGCAUCGCCGCUCGGUGACGGUGCCCACGACGACGAGCACCGGGUCCGAGGCCACGGCCAUCGUCAAGGCCACCGUCUUGUGGUAG